AUGGCCAGUCGAAGGCCUAAUGAUGGCUUCAUGAUGGCUGCCGUAGUGUACGAAGUAGGAGGACCGGAGGUCUUUAAAGUAGAGAGGCGUCAAAUCCCAAAACCCGAGAAAGGCCAGGUGCUAAUCCGCAUCAAAGCGUUCGGCCUCAACCGCUCGGAAAUGUUCACUCGGCAAGGUCACUCACCUACAGUCAAAUUCCCACGAAUCCUCGGAAUCGAGGCAGCUGGUGUCAUCGAGGAGGCCCCAGGAAAUGAAGACAAGUUCAAAGAAGGCGAUGUAGUUGCAACAGCUAUGGGAGGUAUGGGUCGAGAAUUCGAUGGCGGAUACGCAGAGUACACUGUUGUGCCCGCAUCGCAGGUCCAGGUCGUCAAAUCCGCAGACAAAAUCUCUUGGGAGAUGCUUGGUGCAUUGCCUGAAAUGAUGCAGACGACAUGGGGCGCGUUAUUCAAGGCCCUCAGGCUCCAGAAGAACGACCGCUUGCUGAUCCGGGGAGGGACUACAUCCGUGGGGCUGGCUGCCGCUGCCAUUGCGAAGUCUCAGGGCGCGUUCGUCGCUGCUACCACUCGAAAACCAGAGCGCGAGCAAUUACUGCGUGCCAAUGGUGCCGAGCAGGUAUUCGUCGACAACGGUUCUGUCGCGGACCAGAUUGAACAAACUGAAGGGUUUAACAAGGUGCUGGAGAUGGUAGGCGUCACUACCUUGAGGGACUCGCUCCAGUGCGUUGAGGAAGGCGGGACAGUGUGUAUGGUGGGCUCAGUCAGCGGGAAAUGGGCCUUUGAUGAUGAGUUCAGUCCUAUGGUAUCGAUUCCGACGGCGGUCAGUCUUACCGCUUACCAUAGUAGUGCGAAGGCUUUGAUCGAGACCCCGCUGGACGAGAUCGUCACUCAGCUUGGGACCGAGAGAAUCAAGGCCCUCAUUGGAAAGGUUUUCGUCGGCCUCGACAAGGUCAACGAGGCGCACAGGUGUAUGGACGAGGAUAGAGCAGGAGGCAAGAUUGUCAUACUUAUUGACGACGAGUUAACUAGUAAACCCUGGCGAACAGGGGGGCGUAGUCUUGCAGACAACAUCUACUCUGAUCAAAGCGCACCCCAUAUCUACUAA